AUGUCGACUUCCACCAGCAGGAAGCGCGGUCGUUCCUUGCACUGCCAGUCCGCGUCGAGUGCCGACGGCCUCGUCGAGCGCUUCGCCGCGUGGCAGCGCCGGCAUGCGUGGCGGCACCUCAGCGCGGUCGAGCGAGUGUGGGCCAUCUCUGACCUGCACAUGGAGCACGAGGCCAACUUUGACUUCGUGAGCGGCCUCGCCGGCUUCGAGCGCGACGCUUUGGUCGUCGCGGGCGACGUUUGUACCUCGCUGGCCUUGCUGCGGAGCGCUCUUAAGCUCCUCGCCGAGCGGUUCAGGCACGUCUUCUAUGUCGUGGGAAACCACGAGCUGUGGCACGACGCCCAGUCGGACGGCGCCGACUCCUUUGAGAAGCUGCUCGCGUGCUACGAGGCUGCGACCGCCGCCGGCGCGCACGCGGCGCCGGCGCUUCUUGGCAGCUCCUCCGGCGGCGUCGCAAUCGUGCCGCUCCAGUCGUGGUACCACUUUGGCUUCCUCGGCG